GGCCAGGCGGCUGCGCGGUUGGGUCAGCGAGGCCCUCCCAGACCCGCCCUCCGCCUUGUCCGCCCCGCCCCCGGGGCUGCCCUCAGCGACGCCUGAUUGCAGUCUGGCCUCGCCGCCUUAGCCCAGGCGGAGCUCCGGGAGCAAAACCGUGGGAAGAUUGGAGGGCGUGGGGACCCCUGGUCCGGGCCAUGGCCGGCUGUCACGCUCCGGAGGGAGACUGUUGCUCACGGCAAUGCGGCGCGCAGGACAAGGAGCAUCCAAGAUACCUGAUUCCAGAGCUUUGCAAACAGUUUUACCACUUGGGCUGGGUCACUGGGACUGGAGGAGGAAUUAGCCUGAAGCAUGGCAAUGAAAUCUACAUUGCUCCUUCAGGAGUGCAAAAGGAACGGAUUCAGCCUGAAGACAUGUUUGUUUGUGAUAUCAAUGAACAGGACAUAAGUGGACCCCCGCCAUGUAAGAAUCUAAAAAAAAGCCAGUGUACUCCUCUUUUCAUGAACGCAUACACAAUGAGAGGAGCAGGUGCUGUGAUUCAUACCCACUCUAAGGCUGCGGUCAUGGCCACCCUUCUUUUCCCAGGAAGGGAGUUUAAAAUUACACAUCAAGAGAUGAUAAAAGGAAUAAAGAAAUGUACCUCAGGAGGGUACUACAGAUACGAUGAUACAUUAGUAGUACCCAUUAUUGAGAAUACACCUGAGGAGAAAGACCUCAAAGAGCGAAUGGCUCGGGCAAUGAAUGAAUACCCAGACUCCUGUGCGGUGCUGGUCAGACGGCAUGGAGUCUACGUCUGGGGAGAGACUUGGGAGAAGGCUAAAACCAUGUGUGAAUGUUAUGACUACUUGUUUGAUGUCGCUGUGUCAAUGAAGAAAAUAGGGCUGGAUCCUUCACAGCUUCCAGUUGGAGAAAAUGGAAUUGUAUAAGCCAAGUAGAAGUUUGAUUAUAUACAGAGACAAAGCUUAUCUUAAUUAUUACUUAAAUGGCAUGACUAUUUUUUUUAAUGAAUUGAAAAUUUCCAUGCAGUUUUUUAUUUGUCAUUAAAUACUGCAGGUCUUCUGAUACUGGAUGGUAUUGGCUUAUAUUCUUAUCCUUUCAAAUGACAAUGUAAGAGUAUAAAAAUUUUAUAAUGAA